GCAGAGGUAAAAAAUUCCAAUGGAAUUUAUAUCCUACAUGUAAGUGGUCGGCUUCAGCUUCUACAGCGCUCACAAUUAUCGUCAUGCUGCCGAGCAGAGGACUUCCAAGGUCAAUCCCAGCCUCAGCGCUGCGGAACACCUGGUCUACUCGGACACAGCCGAUUCGACCUUUGCAAGUUCCCAUACGAUACUUCUCCCAGGUACAGUCUCGGUCUACGCGAUUGAAUAGUGUUCGAAAUAUUUCGUGUGCGCCAACAUCACUAUUCGGCUCCCGAACAAUUGUCGCUGCUACCGCAUCCAGCGUAUUCGCUCAGCGCUCCGGAGCUUCGCGAAAUCUUUCGUUAUGGCCCUUCUCUUCUAAGAAGCAGUCUCCAGUCGAAACGGAGCCCGCUUCUACCCCAGAGCCUCUAUACACAGAGCCCCCGGCGCCUGUCGAGAAUUACGAACGCUUCCCCGAGGAACCCUUAGCAAGUACAACGUCGACUUCUGCUCCGACAGAUCACACACAGAGCGCCUUUAGCGACUUGGACCUGACUUCUGUCCUCGAUAUCCCCGAGCAGAUAGGAUACCUCAAGAAUCUCGGAUUAGAUUUCGGAUGGGGUCCGACAUCUUGCUGCGAAUGGAUCCUCGAACAUCUGUACAUAUACACGGGUAUGCCCUGGUGGGCUGCGAUCGCCGCGGUGGCUGCCGUAUGGCGUCUCAUCAUGUUCUGGCCUACUUUAACAGCUAGCAAGCACAGCGCGCUGAUCCAACAACUCGAAAGGAAUCCGGCCUACGCCAAAGCCAAGGAGGAAUUUAACGAGGCCGCGUGGAAAACUCGCGACCGCAUGGCUCAGAUGCGAGCUUCGGAAAAGAUGAUGAGGUUAAAAAAAGAGACGGGUGCUAGCACAUUUCGCAUGCUCGCUACGUUCUGGACCGUUCCAUUUAGUUUUGGCAUGUUUCGACUGCUCCGAGGCAUGGCCGCCCUGCCCGUACCCAGCCUUGAGACUGGAGGCUUGGCCUGGUUCACCGAUCUGACUGUUCACGAUCCUUACUACAUUCUACCCAUUACUUCUAUAGCACUCACGGCUGUUAUGUUCAAGCAAACAAGGGCUGCCAGCUUGUCAAAGGAUCCAAAAACCGAAGGUAUUACCAAGCUAAUGAUGUACGGUCUGCCUCCCGUCGUAUUCCUCGGCACGGCUUGGCUCCCGGCGGGUGUCCAGUGGUUCUUCCUAAUGCUCACCACCGGUUCCAUCGUACAGACGUCGGCGACUCUUAACCCAACCAUCCGCCGCUUAGCCGGCCUCCCUCCUCUGCCAAUGCCAAACCAGGGUGGAGGACUAAUCCAGACCGCCGCCGUGGCUACCCCGACGUGGCAAGCACCAACAUCUUUUGCCCAGAGAUCCGCAAGUGAGGCUACUCAGGGAAUCACCGAAUCGGCCAAAGGCCUAUUAGGCGUUGACAAGCAGAAGGAGGAGUGGAAGAAGGCUCAGGCGUACGAAGAGCGCAGGGCCGCGGAAGAAAAGGAAAAGGCGUACCGGAGGAUGGAAGAACUACGCCGGAAACAAGCCGAAAAGGGAGGGUUAUGAGAGCACAGUCACCAACUGACGAACGCGAUGCGACGGUAGGGGUUGUAUCAUAGCAUAGACGAAGCAUCGAUCUUGAACCAGAUAGAGGCAUCUGCUACUGGAAAGAUACUGGGCUACGUACACGUGUAGGGUGAGGAAUACCCGCAAUUGUAAUUGCAUUGUAUAUAUAAACGUACAUUCAUGUGCAAUACAAAACUCCAAAUAGUUCAAGUUGAGACUUUAAGAGAGUCGAAUCGCGUAUUACUAGGUAGCUAUCUAUUAGUAUCCUAUUGGCGAACAUGACGAACACUUCUUGUAGAAAAC